UGCCUCGUCAGCGUCGUGCACAACUACGGAGUAGAGGUGACGAUGUGUCUCGGACCCAGCAUGCUGCCGACGUUCAACAGGUCCGGCGACGUCGUGCUCAUGGAGCACGUGUCUGUCAUGAGGAACGCCAUCGAAACCGGCGACGUCGUGAUCGCGAAGUCGCCGAGCAAUCCGAGGCACACCGUGUGCAAGAGGGUGCUCGGUCGCGGGGGCGACGUGAUUCACGUCCCGAAGGCAGGGCAUUUCGGCGGGACGAUGCGCGUCGAGGUUCCCACAGGGCACCUGUGGCUGCAGGGCGACAACAAAGACAACUCCACGGACAGUCGCGACUACGGCCCGGUGCCGUACGCGCUCUUGAGAGGGAAGGUGUUCGUGAAGGUGUGGCCCCCGAGCGAGAUCGGGUGGGUGAAGAAC